CUCCAGUAAAAAUGCAGCCGCAUGACGCCCCGGAGACGCCACAACUCCAACAGCGACCGAAGCCUGCGUCAAACCCGGAGGUCAAAGGAAAAGGAGGAGAAUCCAGAGGAGGCAGAGAUACCUGACCUGAGCGGUCUGACUGAUGAUGACCUCAAGGCCGCACUGCUCCGACACGGGUUCAAACCUGGGCCCAUAGUUGCCUCCACCAGGGCUUUGUAUGAGAAGAAGCUCAGCAAACUGCUCCAGUCUGACGGACACAACCAACCUAAUGGAGCAGAGAAGGCGACAUUGUACUCAGCCAGUGAGGAAGAGGAGGAAGAAAACGGGGAGGACGAUGAGGCAGAGUCCGGUGCUGAGGAAGAAAAGCAGAAAGCGGCUGUGCAGUCGGACGAGGCUCAGCCCGGGAGCAGCCAGGCAGAGUUGGGUUUUCAGAGAGGUGGCUUUGUUUACCCACAGUGCUUUUUACCUUCAUCCAGACUGCGCGCCCGUGCCUCUAGGAAAAAGGAACCUAGUCCCGCGUGGAAUUCAGGGAAUGCAUUAAAAUCAUCAGAGCGGAGUCGGCCUCGCUGCUCGCAGAUUCCUGCAGGAAUUAGUAGGGCAUCCUCUGUAGAUCAACGGCCAGGAUUAGGAUCAGGGGUUCAAGCUGGAUCACAGACGGUUGCAGCCGAUGCUUCAUCACUUUCCUCUCAGGUCUUCAGCAUCACUGAAAUGGUUGAGGAGAUGGAGAGUCGGGGGCCACUCUCCACUAGCACAAACACUGUGAGAGAGUUCAAUGGGAGCAAUGUGCAGGAGCAUUGGUCACGGUCCAGCAGGCUGGACAUGCCAGUUGUAGACAACAGCACCAUGAAGAACAACUCCCUGUACUACACUCCCAGGACUUCCCCUCAUAAACGGGAAAUGAAGAAGCCUCCUCGGGAGCCUGUGAACGAUACUUUCAAGGAUUUGCUUCCUGCUGAGACCACACCCAUGGGUAUAUACGCCACUCGUCGGAGACCCAUCAAGGGGGCAGCAGGGAGACCUGUGCAGUACGCGUACCCGGACACUCCUGUCAGUCCCACGACCCUGGAGAGACGAGAGGUGGAGCGCCGCCUUGUGCCUGUCCACAUACGGUUUCUGUUCUUCCUCAUCAUGGUGUGCAUCCUCUACCUCGUUUAUGCUUUAGUUUAGGACAACUCACUCAGUCUGUUUCUGGCAAGACAUAAGACACACCAGCACUUUCUGAACAGAAGUAAUGUAAUGUGAUUUUUUUAAACUUACACAUGUCACAUAGCUUAUUUUUGUUGAUGCAUAUUAUGAUUACUUUGUCUUGGAUUGUCUUCAGGGAGCACAUACUGUAAUCACUUAUCACUUUUGCUAUUUACUGCAUUUGUUUGUCUGUAUGGGAGCAAAUCUUUAAAGUCCGGCUCUACAUUUUUAAUGUUUUGCUGAUGUAAGUGUUUCCAAUUUUGUCUCUGUGGUUAAAACAAUCUCAUGAGCACAAAGUGCCAUCAAGAGCUGAAUAUUUUGUCAAAUGUAAAAAUGUUGGAUUUUUGUGUCACCUGAUUGUAACUGAUGUCACAGUAUGUCUGAUGUGCAUCGUUUUUUUAAAGAUAAUAUUUAAAUCAUAUUUCAAUAAAGGAUGUUUUGCUUCAUA